AAAGACAUAUCAGACUUCGGAAUGACAUUUCAUUUCCACCGCACGGAAUACUGUUUAUAUAGAACGAAUCCACAGCGUAUUAUCUGCAUUUUAGUCUGAACCAGUGAUAAGCUAACGAUACGAUCGCAUUGUUGCUAGCAACGAACUAAGAAAUUGUUGAACGUAAUCGGAAAAAAAUGCUGGCACAGCAGAAAUUCCUUGUGUGCAUUGCAAUAAGUGCAUGCAUUAUUUUCGGUGUUAAUUGUUCCAUUGAAGAAGAAGAACAUGGUGUAGUUUACGCAAAUAGAUGUGAAGCCUGUAAAAUUCUGGCCACUGAACUAACGGAACGACUGAAAGAAACCGGAAAGUCUCGCGAAAUUAUCGAUCUUGGUUAUCAAGUUGAUGACGUAAAACCGAAGGAGCGUGUCGUGUACAAAAAGAGUGAAUUGCGUCUUAUCGAAUCGUUGGAGGACAUUUGCGAUCGAGUUUUGCAGUACAAUUUGCACAAAGAACGUAAAGGCAGCACACGUUUUGCCAAAGGCAUGUCACAAACGUUCAAAACAUUGCAUGGUCUUGUCAACAAGGGAGUCAAAGUUGAUUUAGGUAUGCCCUAUGAACUGUGGGACUCACCGCCAGCUGAAGUAAGCCGUCUGAAGACACAGUGUGAGACAUUAGCUGAACAAUACGAAAGCGAUGUAGAAGAUUGGUACUAUCAUGAAGAAGAGAAAGGUGUUCCACUCAUCAAAUACCUUUGUGAAGACAUUAUUCUAAAGGACGAGGAUUCAACAUGUCUCUACGAAACAUUUGAUGAAGAAGAAAGCAAAAAAGAAGAAGAAAACCAAAAAGGAAGCAAAGAGGAACUAUAAAUUACAAUUGGACAUUUUUAAUUAGAAAAAAAAAACAAGUGAUAAAAUAUAUAUUCAAACAAAUGAGAUUUUCCUAUUCCACGCCUCUCGUUGUUUGUUAGAAUGAAUUUUAACAGUUGAACACAUUGUACUUUUUCAGGUUUUCUGUGGAAAAAUAAUAAUAAUAGCAAAUCAUUAGUCAAUUAAAAUUUGUCACAAUCUUCCAUCCAAAGUUACCUAUAAUUGUUUGAUAAGUAGUUUCCAUGUCAUUUUCCGUAUUCAAAUCAUCCAAUUGUUUUCUCGGAAUCGAUAAUUCAUAGCCGGGUCCGUAGCGAAGGAAAUAUUCAUUAUCUGGUAAAUCGUUAUCAAGCGGUUCCCUUGUUUUGCAUAUGAUCGAUGUUAAUGUUGUCCAAUAUCGUGCCGCAUUUUGAAAAUUGUAACCACCUUUGAUGCGUGGCGCAAAAGAUAAAUGAUUUAUCAAUAAAGACUUGAUUAAAACCGAAA